CACCUCCUUCUCCUGCUGCUGCUGCUGCUUCUUCAGCUGCUGCCCAACGUCAUAGCCAUCUGGUACCUUCGUCGCCGUCCCCGGCAGAUCGUCAAUUGCGCACCAUCACGACAUGGCGGGGUGGUUUUCGUCAGCGUCUUCGCUCGAUGAUCAGGUUGAGAAGGCGACUGCCUCGUCUUUGGAAGACAUCGCUCUCAACCUCGAAAUUUCCGACCUGAUAAGAUCAAAGAGCGUUCAACCGAAGGAGGCGAUGAGAUCUUUGAAGAGGCGGCUUGAGAAUAAGAAUCCGAACAUCCAACUAGCGACCUUGAAACUGACAGACACAUGUGUGAAAAAUGGCGGUACUCACUUUUUGGCGGAGAUUGCAUCCCGGGAGUUUAUGGACAACCUCGUCUCCCUCCUCAAGACCGAGGGCCUCCCACUGAAUGACGAAGUGAAAGCGAAGAUGUUAGAAUUGAUACAAGACUGGGCCAUGGCAGCUCAAGGCCGUAUGGAUCUGAGCUAUGUUGGUGAAACUUAUCGGAGGCUUCAGGAUGAAGGCUUCCGGUUUCCACCCAAGACUCAAAUCAGUGGAAGCAUGCUGGAAAGCAGUGCGCCGCCCGAAUGGAUUGACUCCGAUGUCUGUAUGCGCUGUCGCACUGCCUUCAGCUUCAUGAACCGCAAGCAUCAUUGUCGCAACUGCGGCAAUGUCUUUGAUGCACAGUGUUCCAGCAAGACGCUUCCUUUGCCUCAUCUCGGAAUCCUCCAGCCUGUUCGAGUGGACGACGGGUGCUACGCCAAAUUGACUUCGAAGGCCUUUUCAUCUGCGGCCCUUUCCGAUAGAUCUGCAUUCAAGAACAAUUCAAUCACCAAGUCUAGCGUCAUGGAGCCUCGUGGGGGACGAGCGGAGAGCGGCUUCGAUGACGAUUUGCGUCGUGCUUUGCAAAUGAGCUUAGAGGAGGCUCAAAAUAGGGGCUCAAGCGGUUACGUUCCACAGAACAAGAUCGUCCCGGAACCUCCCAAAGCCGUCAGUCAGCCCGGUGUAGAGGAAGAGGAAGAUGCCGACCUGAAGGCUGCCAUCGAGGCAUCAUUGCGGGAUAUGGAACAACACAAGCAGAAGCACGCAGCCGCCCUCAAGAACGCCCCGGUGGCUGAUACGUCGACUCAUGCGGGCGCAGGGGUGGCGCCGAUCCCCAAAAAUCCCUAUGAGCUUAGCCUUGUGGAAGUCGAAAACAUCCAUCUCUUCGCAGCUCUCGUUGACCGACUGCAACAUCAGCCCCCGGGCACUAUUUUACGGGAACCUCAGAUUCAGGAACUAUAUGAGAGCAUUGGAGCGCUCCGGCCUAAGUUGGCUAGAAGCUAUGGAGAAACGAUGAGCAAGCACGACACUUUGCUGGACCUCCAUGCCAAGCUCUCGACAGUCGUUCGCUACUAUGACCGCAUGCUAGAGGAACGUCUCUCUAGCGCCUACGCUCAACAUAACUUGGGUUAUGGGGGGGUCCCUGGCGGAUCCCCAUAUCCCAAUAUCUACCCCACAAUGCCCGCUCCCGCAAUGGAGGCGAAGUCAGGCACCGAGAACUAUUAUUAUGGAAAUCCCAACGUCACCGAAACUUUCCAGCCUUCCGGCACACCCUACUCGCAGCCUCCGUCAGAGAGAGAACGCGCCAGGACCAUGAGCCCGAGUUUAUACCCACAGCCCUCUCAAACUAUGCCACCCAACGCGCCGUGGACUGGAAACCCUCAUGCGGUGGCAUCACCUCACAUAGGCGGCGCCAAUGCGGCACCCCCUAGCAAUCCUUCCCCCUAUGCGCCACCCACGCAAUUUUAUGCACCUCCACCGCACCCGGAACAAGACCCGAGUCCAUACCAGCAACCGCGGCAUGGGGAGCCGGAGGCGCCUUAUCAACCGUCGCCUGUGAUGCGACAUGACUCUCACUAUCAACCGUCGGCCCCGGGCGUUCCGAGUGCCCCGGAUCAAUCACCCCCGGCAGACCCAGUGUCGGCCCCCGCUUACUCGCACUAUCCUCCGGAUCCUAAUUCGAUGCAACCUGGCGGUCAACCGUCAGCGCAGCAGCAGCAGCAGCCGCCGCAGCCCGCGGACCCGUCGGGAUCGUCAUUCUAUAGUCAACAACAGCCUUCUCCCGGCCCUACAACUUUCGCAGGAUAUCCACAGGGGAUUCCAACACAUCCCAACCCACAGGGAGGAGAAUAUCCUUCUGGUAGUGUGCCUGGUGCGCAUCCAUCAUAUCAACAAACAGCCCCAUCCCGGCCGCCGGUUGAGGAGAGUUUGAUUGAGUUGUAGAGUGGACAGGGUGAAUAGGGUGAGUGGUCAGUGCGGUGAGGAGCGGUCAAGUUGUGGUUUUGGAGGAGGGGACGAUUCCUCGAUUGGUGUUUUAUUCUUUAUGUUUUAUGUAGGCUUUUGGCACAAUGAUACCAGAUGGAUUGGUUACUUUUGCAGGCCCCGAAAUUGAGUUGAUGUUCUAUGAAUGAUUAUAGGAGAAUGAGUAAAGUAAUAAUACAGGAGUGGCGAUG